AUGGACAAAUUUAUUGACAAAGCUCCUUCUAAACGGUCCCAGGGUAAGCCACAACAACAGGCCAAGAAGCCACAUUUUAAGGAACCUGCACCUCCCUCCACGCCAAACUUCUCUCCAACAGAUUCAGAGGUGGAGGAGGGUCCUUCUCAACUGCAUUUCCAAGCAGCCUCUAUUUCACAACAUGCUUCUGAGAUGGCAAGGGAAGUCUCCAACCUUCUCAAACCAAUCUUUGAGUCUCAAUUUAAGGGUCUCAAGAAAUCAGUCGACAGUGCCCUUCAUCUUCUUCACACUCACUCCUCUCAACUCACGCU